AUGGCGCGAGAUGCGAUCGAACAGAUCGACCUCACGACGAGACUUGUUCAAUCCUAUCCCGACGACUUCGAACUGGCUUAUGAGCCGUCCGACGUGGCUCGUAUCUAUUCUGAGGGAAAGAUCGCAAGCUCCAUUGGGAUUGAAGGGCUUCAUAUGGCAGGAAACUCGAUCGGCAUCAUCCGAGCGUUCUACACCUUGGGAGUUAGAUAUUGCACCCUGACUCAUUUGUCGAACAAUGCGUUUGCCGAUUCUUCCACCUCGAAAGUUGGUCCUGUGCAUGGUGGCUUGUCGGCGCUAGGGAGGUCUGCUAUCAAGGAGAUGAACCGAAUUGGAAUGAUCAUUGAUCUCUCCCAUGUUUCCCGCGAUUGUGCGAUCCAGUCGCUCAACCUGUCCAGAGCUCCCGUCAUGUUCUCGCACAGUAAUGCUCUGGCGUUAUGGGAUCACGCUCGGAAUGUUCCCGAUGAAGUCCUCGACCUUGUCCCCGCGAAUGGUGGCAUAGUCAUGGUGACAUUUGUGCCCAAGUUCGUCGCGGCCAAGGUUAAGUUGUCUUCUAUCGCACAUAUUGUGGACCAUAUCUUUUACAUCGCUAAUCGCAUUGGCUGGGACCAUGUUGGCAUUGGUUCUGACUUUGAUGGUAUCGCGUCUGUCGUGCCUGGACUGGAAGACGUCUCGUGUUACCCUCGACUACUAGAAGCAAUCUUGGAUAGAGGAGCUACUGAGGAGCAGCUUGCCAAGGUAUGCGGACGGAACAUGAUCCGAGUUUGGGAAGGUGUGGUCGCGACACGAAAUCGUAUGGCGGCGGAAGGUGUUGAACCAGUCGAAGACGUAUGGGAGGGCCGCCACUGGUGGAGAUACGACGGCUUCUUCCAGAUGCUGGACCCAGACCCAGAAGACAAACUUGGGUACGACUGGUAUGGUGUUCCAAAGCCAAGUGACGACUGA